CGUGUCAAACAUAUGCUGCGACACUUCAGCCUGGUUCCAAGAGGUUACCUUUGGAUGAACGCACUGAAGCAUACGCCACUCGCAUCACCGUGGUUUCUGGUAGAAGGCAUCAACAAGGAAAGUAAACGUCGCAAAAUGGCGCCAAAGAAGAAGCCAGAGUCCGAUCCCAGUGGAAUGUUCUCAGGCAUGGUGGUGUUUUUGGUUACCAAAGGAGUCCAAGUCCGUCGACUCCAGAUUUGGAAGGAGAGGUUGGUGCAAAUGGGGGCUGUGAUAGAGGAGCGCCUCUGCAAACGGGUCACUCAUGUUUUUGCUAUGAACUCAGAUGCGCUUCUUCAACAACUGGAUAGGGAACUUUUGACACGUUUUAAAGGGAGAGUUCUCAUUUAUCAAUGGCUGGAGGACUGCUUGAAAUCAGGGGAGAUAGUAUCUGAAGAUAUGUAUGUGCUGAACUUGAAUUCUCAAGGCAAACCUGAAAAGUCUUGGGACCCUCAACCAUGUCAGAGCGAUCCUCAACAUUUGCAUAAUAAUAAAAAGACCAAAUACACGGAAAUUAUAAAUAAUGAAAGUAACGAUCAGGGAGGAAAAAAUGUUUCACUUUUAUCAACAAGCAGCCAUGAGGAAGGGGAUAGUUUAAGUUAUGGAAAUACAGGACCUCAACACCUUGAUUCUGAAAGUGACGAUUCAUCUUCAUCGUACUGUCCACCUGAUCAAAACAAAAACAUAACAGAGAUAUUUGGGAAACUUGUAACCAUAUAUAGAGCAUUGGGAGAUGAUCGAAGGUCCUUUAGCUAUUACAAGGCUAUUGCUGUUAUUGAGAAGUUGCCAUUUAAAAUUGAAAGUGCUGACCAGAUAAACAACCUGCCAUCUAUUGGAAAAUCAUUGAAAGAUCAUAAAGCUGUGAUUUUAUAGAAAGAAAAGAAAAGCUCCAAGAAACAAGAGUGACCGUGGUGAUCAACUACUUGUGAUUUCUUGAAGAGCAAGACUGUUGUGUUUUUCAAAGGCUGAUCAACUUGCACAUUUGGGUGUCAUUGAGAGAUCAGAUUCUGCAUUCUUUUGAAGAUUGGUUUGAGGUUCCCUGUUGUGAUUACAGGAAGAAGAGUGUGUGGUGUUCUUGACUUUAAGAGUGUCUCAAAGGGUUUAGACAACAGGAGAGGGGAUUCUUGCCGCUGGUCUUGUUGUGUACUGCCUAUAUUUUGAUUAGAGGGUUAGAGAGGUGUUUUAUAUUUUUGACGUGUGGUCGCUAUAAAAGCCUUAUUGUAAAAACCUUGAUCAUUAUAGUGCAUUUUGACUUCUCAUUAGAAAAAUAUACUAACUGAACUCUUUAUGUUUUAUGGUUUAGGGAAGACUUGUUCAUCAAGAAGCAAUGACAAUGACAAUAGGAAGAAGAAGAAAUGAUACACCAAGGAAAGACUUAUUCCUUAGGAGGAAUGACAUUAACAAUGGAAAGAAGAAAAUAUGACCGAGAAGGAGGACACAAACUUGGAAAUAUAUGCAAAUGAGUUAAUUUGUCUGUUAAUUUCCAACAAACCUAUGGGCAAGGUUACAAGAUUGGAAAUAUAUGCACAUGAGUUUGUUUGUUUGUCCAUCCCCAACAAACCUAUGAGUAGUCAAAGUCAUACCUAUAGUUUGGUUUUUUAUUUGCAUAAAUUUCUUUUGCUUUUAUUUGAGCAUAACAUCUUUACUUUAAAAUUAUUUUAUGUUUGUAGAUGAGUAUUUGACCCUGCAGGUAGACCUCUAACCCUUUAAUAAUAAGAUAUUUCUUUCUUUCUA